AUGUUCACGUUCAUGAUUGCGUCAUUAAUUCUCGCAUUUGCGUCGUCGUCGUCGUUGGUAGCAGGGAUGGCUAUCCCCAUUCGAAAGUCGUUGGAGGAUAAACGAAGUGUCACUGUGACGGACUUUUCAGGAGGAAGUGGUGAUGGAACAUACUACGAUGCAGGGCUCGGAGCUUGUGGGAUUACUAACACAGACACAGAUUAUAUUGCAGCGAUUGGAGAAGACUUCUUUGACCAAUAUGCUAUACACAUGGGUGUCACGUCUGGAAAUCCCAACGAAAAUCCAAUCUGCAAUAAGAAAGUGAUUGCAACCUAUCAAGGCAAAUCAGUCACAGUAGCCAUCACUGACCGAUGCGGAGGCUGCACGAAUCCCUAUAGCUUGGACUUCACCCCGACAGCAUUCUCUCAACUUGCUGAUCAAAGUGUCGGUCGAAUUACUGGGAUGACUUGGGUUUGGGCCGAUUCAGACUCUUCGGGUUCUGGGUCAGAUUCCGGGUCAUCCUCCUCAAGCUCGUCAUCCAGUGCGACUGACUCCUCGCCUACGGACUCGAGUAGUGGUUGGAGCUCUUCAAGCUCAACUGCAACUCCUACUGAUGUCGAUACCGCAGCUGGGACCGCAGUAUCCACUGCAUCCACAGAUACUUGGACGUCUGCAAUGAACACCUGGACUUCUGCUCCAGGUUCACCCACCGGUACAUCCACCUCAACUUCCUCGACCAGCUUCAUCACCGCCGGGGCUGUGGAUAACAUUGGCAGUCUGAAUGUUCCAUCCAUCUCAUCCGGGUUCAUCACUCGCUCGUCUUCGUCGGUUUUCCCGUCUGGAACGGCUCUCGGGGGUAGCAAUCCAGUGACGACCUCAGUGACGACGCAGGCUUCGAAGCUAAGCAGCGGAGCAAGGAGGUCGAUUCAAAGAUUAUGGGAGUUUUGA